AUGCUCUUCAACAACUUCGUUGCUGCCGCUUUCCUGGCUUUCGCCAGUGUCGGUAUGACCAGCCCGGUUCCUGCCACCGGUGACAUUUCCGUGGGUGACACGAACCCCCUCAUUGCCGCUCGUCAGCGUGUGGUUCCUAAGCCUUCAGGCCCUGUCCCUGGUGCUCCCAACAAGGGCUCUGCCGCCACCGCCAUUCUUGGGAUCGCCGAGAAAAUCAACCUCCUGAUCCAGCAGACGAUUGACAAGGACCUUGAGGGCCGCCGCAAGUUCACCCAGGAUGUUGCCGCUCGCACCGCCGCCGCUUUCCCUGGACGCGGUGUUGUUGUUUGCAAUGUUGGCUUCAAGACCACUGGUACUGUUGUCCAGCAGACGACGGUCAGGUACGACGCCAAGCUGGGAACGACUGUGACUUUUGAGGUAGUCGUUCUUGGCGCUGGAGCUUCCUUCACCCGCCAGGGAGAUGGUGGCUUUGAGAACUGGGCCUACAGCAUUCCCGGCUCCUGCAGGAUCAACCGCGAGACCAUCAGCUGCUAG